CAUAAAACAUGUGACAGAUGCGCUUUAUUUGUGUUAAGAAAAAUUACUUUGUGUUACAUUUUCAUUUGAUAUAUUCCGAUAAAAAGGCCCAUCAAAAUCUUCAGCACCAGGCCCAUGAUGCUCUUAAUCCGGCCCUGCUGUUAGGCACGCAGGUAGAGACGCCGCUGGCGGGGGCAGAUCUCCCUGCAAACUGCACGGAUUACUAUACAGUCCAGUAUCAUCGGCAGAAACAUCGCGGUUACUGGAGGAAUAGGAUCGGACCAGAAAUACACAUCGAUAAAGCCUUGGGAGCCGGAACUUCCUUUUCUCCUUCCUGAUUGCUUCACCUGAGGACUUGGCCUCAGAGACCAUCCGGAGCUCCCGCUGGUGCAGGUGUAUUGUGCUAUUUUCCAUAUAGCUUGGAGACGACUGGGUGAGCUGAUUUUUUUUUCUCUAUUGUUACUCCUGUAUCCAUUGGUCAUAUCGUGCUAGCCUGGUCGGAAUGUGUUAUAUUAUACAGUUGUAUACCGCAUAUACACUUCAUCCUUAUUACGUGCAUUGAGCAAUUUUAUUAUGUCGACACAAACCGAAUGCCCAGCUUCUUCCGAGCCUACUAUUUCACAUACUUCUAUGCCCGACUUCUCCACUCUCAAUACCACUACUCAUCAAGCCAGGGUUGCGAGUGUUUUUUCUGGAGGGACAGACGCUUCGUCUGUAUUUGACCUCAAGAGACUGCUAUGGGACUUGGAAAAUCUGAAAUCGUUUCAGCUAAAGACAUGGUGGGAUGCCACCACCUUGUCUCAAUAUCUAGAAAAAAACAUGAUACCCAGAGGUCUCCGAAUAAGAAAGAAAUGCACUACUUCAUAUGAUGAAGAUUUUACAAACAGAUGGAAUGAUGCACUAUCCAGAUGCUCGUUGGAGCUGAUGUCUCUGAUAAUAGAAAAAGAAGAAUUGAAACUGGCAGAUCUGGAGCAGAGCAUCAAUAAAAUAUUGGUUUCGAUCGAACCUUUUAAACAGUCCACCGAUUUUGAGGCCCUACAGAGUAAGAUGAAUGAACAUCUAUCACAAUUAGAGGAAACUGUCACCAAUAUUAAGAAAACAAAAUUCAACAGAGAUUUAAGAGAUUAUACAACUAAUACUGUCUAUAACUGGCAAACUAAAAAACCUUACAAACCAAGGUCUAUACUGAAACAUUCGCAAACGCACAAUACACCUCAGCGCAAAAAUGUGAGCUUCAGCUCCUCAGAUAAUGAGGCUACCGACUAUGGCACAGACAGUGAACACGAAGAGAGAUCUUCCAUGAUUGACAACAGGAAUACACAACCGGCAAAAAACGACAAAACGCAUGGUGUGAACAGGGAUAUAACGCAGGUUGCAAGAGGAAGCGGAGGAAACAUAGAUCGGGGAGGAAACACAAGUCGGGGAGAAACCACAAGAACUACUUAUACGAGGAAGAACAAGUAUCAACCGAGAUACAAACAAUGAGUGACUCAGUGGUUAACUUAUCAGCACAAAUACUAAGCAUUGCACAAAUAGAGGUUCUUGGCAAAAGCCUCACUUUUGU